CAAAAAUUAAAAAUUUCGAGUAAAAAACAUGUUACUGGACGUUUUUAGACGACAUUUCCAUGACUAAAUAAAUUAUAAAUAUUAAUUAGUUAAUUUAGUCAUGAUCGUCUAGACGCUUGUAUUGUAAAGUAUAAUAUAAUAAUGUCGGGCUACGAUUCCCGGAGUGAUGGACCCGGUUUUGUCGGAAUUAGAUUCUGUCAAGAAUGUAACAACAUGUUGUAUCCAAAAGAAGACAAAGAACAUAAAGUACUGUUGUACGCUUGCCGAAAUUGCGAUCACAGACAAAUGGCUGACAGCAAUUGCAUUUAUGUGAACAAAAUUAUGCACGAAAUCAAUGAACUUACUCAUAUCGUUUCCGAUGUAACGUCUGAUCCAACUUUACCCAGGUCUGAAGAUCAUCCCUGUCCAAAAUGUAAACACCGAGAAUCAGUAUUUUUCCAAGCUCAGACUAGACGUGCAGAGGAGGAAAUGAGAUUGUAUUAUGUGUGUACCAAUCCACAUUGCAUACAUCGUUGGACUGAGUCUUCAAUUUAAUUAUUAUAUAAUAUUUUUAUUUAUAUAUGUACUUUAUUAUGAACAAUGGAAAAUAAACAAUUAAUAAACAAUA